AUAUAUAUGAAUCACCCACUCUGUUUACCUCUCUCUCUCUCUCUCUCUCUCUGAUUAAUUCGCUCUCUUUGCUCUCGCUAGGGUUUUGAUUUGCCCUAAUUCUUCUCUCAAGGUUCGAUUCUUGACAUGGCUUCCAACGCCGGCUCAUCCCGCUGCUCUGUAUUCGUUGGAAAUAUACCCUACGGCUUCACCGAGGAGAAAAUGAUUGAGAUUUGCAGGGAUAUUGGACCGGUGGUGUCUUUUAGGUUAGUGUGUGACAAAGAAACUGGGAAACCCAAAGGUUAUGGGUUUUGUGAGUACCCAGAUGAAGAAACUGCUUUGAGUGGUCUUCGCCAUCUCAACGGUUAUGAGAUAAAUGGCCGUCAGCUAAGAGUUAACUUUGCUCAAAAGGAUAAGGGCAGCACUGAUCGAAAAAGUUGUGGUGCUCUGCCAAAUGAUCCUUUGACUCAGUAUUUGGCUACUAAUCUGUCAAUUGAGCAACUGAAUGAAGUAAUCACCAGCAUGGAGGCUCUGCUUCGACAAGGAGAUCCACUGGCUCUGCAGGUUCAGAGAGAAUGCCCACAAUUGGCAAAUGCUCUUUAUCAGGUCGCGAAUUUUAAGCAGUCAUCUCCUUCAGGUUUUCAAAAUGGCAUAAAUAUUCAAAACCCCUUGAUCCUCCAACAAUCGUCACUUCCAAUUACGUCAACUUCCAUGAAUUUGGUGUCUCAAGUUAUGAAAAGAUCUAGAAGUGAAAUAUCAGAAGAUGGUAACCAUCCUUCAAAGAGACCGAAGCUGUUACUGGCUCAGUGAAGUGCUGCUUGUAUUUAUUAUAGGCCAUAUGCUGUUUGUCAUUUUUUAUGUAUAAUGCAAGGCUUUUUGUUCUCGCAUAAACUUACACGAUAUGUAUAAGAAGAAAGUUCAUUUUCUCACUUGUUAUAGUUCUUUCGUAUUUUUAUAUUUCUAGUCGUCUAUUAGUUCUUUUUCUGUACUGGGAAAGCAGAGGCUUUGGCUCUUCAAGCCUUGUUAUUUAUUUGACUGAACUAGUGUGUUUAUUAAAUUUGAACAGUUCCCCAUUGUGCUC